AUGAAUGGCUCACAUCCAACCUCCGCUCUACAAGCGGUGGUAUCGACAUACCGCAAAGCUCCAGUCACCAUCUCGCUCUUCGCUUCGUAUUUCGUUUCGCAAAUUGCCUCCAAGCUCUGGCUCGACUAUCGCCUUUUUCUUGCGCUUCCCGGCGGUCCAUUACCAAAGAAUGUGUUCGGAUGGGCUUUGCACUACUUUGCACUCUUUCCAUUGUCGUUGAGCAGCUCUUGGACGAGUACGAGGCUUGUACGGGCUUUUCUGCCAAAGACAGGGUCAGGAGGAAAGGAGGACGGUGACCAACUGACGACAGGUGCUAAACUGCCGCGUAGAAACGGAGCGAACCCGUUGACAGCGGGAACGAUACCUCAUCGACAGCUUGACCAGUUUCAUCACGAUGUUGAAGAGGAUGGCGUUUCAGUGGAGGUAGCUAUCAAAGAAGCUCGGGAGGCGGUUGAACACGUCCAGUCAGUGUUACGGAAAGAAGCCGAAUCUCAACUUUCACAUCUGCGCAUCGGUUCUUCUUUCGUCGAGAAGGACUCCAUCGCACUAUUCGCGGUAUCGCAUACACUCGUGACGGGAGGCGAAGGCGUCUCGCGCUCCACUCGCUCAGCAUGGUUCCCGAGCUCACUUUCCAGACGGUUCCUCUCAUCGAUGAAAGGCGAGUUGGUUCACAUUCAUCGCUGCCCUAACCCGACCGAGACCGAGCAAGCAGCAGGAGCUGAGGAAGGAUUUCGAUUGGGACUCGGACUGGACGGAAGCCUGCACAUGACACUGCACUCAGACGACGCUGCUCUGGUAGUCGAGAAAGGAUGGGGCGAGCUGCAUCCGCUUGCCGGCUUUCCCUCCUACACUGGAUUCUGGAUCGGAUGGCCAGCUUGGCUGACCCGGCUCACGGGAGAUUCUAGUAGAAGGUCGGCUCGAUGGUGGUCAAGUAGCUCAGUACCCGCGACAACAGAUGCGAAAGUGGUCAAGGCUAUCGGCCUGCCACCAACAUACUGCCUCGUCUACAGCCCAAGAGAUGUGGAGGAAGCCAAGAUUGUGGGUGAGAUUGUCGGUGCGGCAAUGGCAUUUGCUGUUGGGUCUCGGCCGUCGUCACAUUAA